AGAAGUUGCAGAGGGUCAGUCUGCAUUGGAGCAAGCUCUGGGCUUAGGUAAACAAACAGAGACGGAAGAGGAAAAAAUGAUCAGAACAGGAGAAAUGACCCCAUUUGGAACUAUCAUGAAACUCAUUGACCAUGAGAAAUUGAAAGCAGAAACCAAAAAACAUGCAUCUUCUGAAACACCUAAAGAGGAACAAACCGCAACAGAGAAUGAUUUCCAUAGAGACCAUGUCAAGAAAAAACACUCCAAUUUCUUUGACGAGCACAGUAAAAGGGUCUAUCAUACAGAAUCAGACUUCAGCAAUGUGCCAUCUUCCAGAGCACGAUACCCAAAACUAGGCCACCAUUUUGAAGAGGACCCAGAACUUAGCGGGGAGGAAGAUUUCAUGGACCACGAUUCAUUCCAGUCAAGUGGGGAUGAAUAUGUUCCUGACAAAGAGGAGAUGAGAGAUAGCUACCAGGAUGAAGGAACAGAGGAGGAUGACCUAAUAGAGGAUUUAGAAGAAAAAGAAGGCAUUUCCAGAACACCUAGCGUCAGAAAACGAAAGACAAAGAAGAAAGCUGGGUUUAGAAAAGUGAAACGACCAAAAUAUAAAGAAACUUCUGAGGAAGAAAGUGAAGAUUCAGCACCUGAUGAGAGUAGUGUGUUUAAGGCUAAAAAGCAAAGGAAAACCAAAGAUGAUGGAGAUGAAAGUUAUUUUGCUAAAAGGCAAAAGGAAUGGAAAAAGAGUGAGCUCUUAAGGAAACAGCUCUUGCUUGAAGAUGGAGUUAGUGAGGAUGAAGAUGGAAUAGAGUUUGAUGGAGGAUUGAAAGUACCAGGGCAGAUAUGGAGCAAACUGUACAACUAUCAGCGGACUGGAGUGAGAUGGCUCUGGGAGCUGCACUGCCAAGAGGCUGGGGGGAUCAUAGGGGAUGAGAUGGGCCUUGGGAAAACCAUUCAAACUAUUGCCUUUCUGGCUGCAAUGAAGGAAAGUAAACUGAGGAGCAGAUCAUCCAGAUAUGUUGGUCUGGGUCCUCUGAUCAUUGUCUGCCCCACCACUGUGAUGCACCAAUGGCUGAAAGAGUUCCACAAAUGGUGGCCACCCUUCAGAGUGGCCAUUCUUCACUCUUCUGGCUCUUAUACAUCAUCAGAGGCAGAAUUGAUAAGAGAGACAGUAAGACAUAACGGUGUCCUGGUGACAUCAUACAACAGCAUGGUGAUCCAUCAGGAGAACAUCCUCAAACAUGACUGGCACUAUGCUAUACUGGAUGAGGGACACAAGAUCAGAAAUCCAGAUGCUCAGAUAACCCUGGCAUGCAAACAGAUCCGCACUCCUCACAGAAUCAUCCUAUCAGGCUCUCCAAUGCAGAACAAUCUCAAGGAACUGUGGUCUCUGUUUGACUUUGUGUUUCCAGGAAAGCUGGGUACUCUGCCUGAUUUCAUGGCACAUUUCUCUGUGCCUAUUGUACAGGGAGGAUACUCCAAUGCCUCCCAAAUACAGGUCCAGACUGCUUUCAAGUGUGCCUGUGCCCUGAGGGACACCAUCAACCCAUAUCUGCUGAGAAGGAUGAAGGCAGAUGUCAAGAUAAACUUACCCAACAAGAGUGAACAGGUUUUAUUCUGUAGACUUACCAGGGAACAAACUGAGGUGUAUAAAGAGUAUCUGGACUCCAAGGAAUGCCAGAUGAUCUUGUCUGGAAGGUUCAUGGUAUUUCCAGGUCUGAUUACACUCAGGAAAAUCUGCAACCACCCAGAUUUGUCCACAGGUGGACCUAAGAUAUUCAGACAUGACAUGGUGGAUGACUCUGACGAGUCCUUGGAGUAUGGUUACUGGAAAAGAUCUGGAAAGAUGAUUGUUGUCCAAUCGUUGUUGAAGAUUUGGAAGAAACAGGGACAAAGAGUGUUAUUAUUUACACAGAGUAGACAGAUGUUAGAUGUUCUUGAAACAUUUGUCCAAAACCAAGGCUAUAACUACUUAAGGAUGGAUGGAGGAACAGCUAUAGGAUCAAGGCAGCCACUAGUGGACUAUUUCAACAAGGAUAUGUCCAAAUUCCUGUUCCUGCUCACAACAAGGGUAGGUGGCCUUGGCAUCAACCUGGUUGGGGCCAACAGGGUCCUGAUAUUUGACCCAGACUGGAACCCCAGCACAGAUAUACAGGCUCGGGAGAGAGCCUGGAGGAUAGGACAGCAGAGGCAGGUCACAGUAUACAGGUUGCUCACCUCAGGGACUAUAGAGGAGAAGAUAUAUCACAGGCAAAUCUUUAAGCAAUUCCUGGCCAAUAGGGUCCUGAAGGAUCCAAAGCAAAGACGAUUCUUCAAAAGCAAUGAUCUCUAUGAACUUUUCACUCUUGGUAACGAGGACCACCAAGAGGGAACAGAAACUAGUGCCAUCUUUGCUGGCACAGGGUCGGAUGUCAAGGUUGUGGCCAAGAAGAAAGAAGAUAAAGAAAAGAAAAAUCACUUUGAUGAAAUGAAAAUUAAGGAAGAAAAGAAAAAGCAAAAUAAUGAAGAAAUUAAGCUGAAUGAGAAAAAGCUGGCUAAGAUGAGAGAAUUGGCCAGAAAAUUGAGUAGGCAGAUAGUGAGCAAAAGGGUAAACAAUAUGACAAGCCCUGAGACUUCUAUAAAUGUAAACAAAGGUACUGAAAUUAUUGAUGAUGAAAAGGAUGAUUUAUAUGGCAAAGGACAGGAUGAGGCCAUGACCAGUGCAAUAAGAGAAUCUAUGAAAUCUGAUAAGAAUAAAGGAGUGACUGUAUCAAAGGGGCUUGAGGAAGGUGAAGUGAAUGGAAAAAAAGACAGAUUAACAGACUAUUGCAAAACCAAGGGAAAAUCUGAGUAUUCCAAAGAAGAACAGAAACAUAAUCAAAAGCAAAAACGCAAAAAGAAGCAUAAAAAGAAGGAUGCAGUGUUUGAAGGUAAAAGGGUAGCACACCUGGUUGGUAUGGACACUUAUCAGCAUGGAGGAGAUAAGGCAACAGACACCGACCAUAGACAGAAAGAUGAUUACGUACUGCAGAGGCUCUUCAAAAAAUCAGGAGUUCACAGCGUAGUCCAACAUGAUACUAUCAUGAUGUCUUCCAACCCAGACUAUGCACUGGUGGAAGGGGAGGCGGAGAGAGUGGCACGUGAAGCUGUGCGAGCAUUGAAGCAGUCCCGUACGCGAUGUCUGCCUGCCGUGGCUGGUGUCCCUACAUGGACUGGUCAACACGGGGGUGCAGCAGGACCUAGUAGACCAAGAUUUGGCCAAAAGAAAAAGGGUGGACUGCUUCCCAACCUUGCUAAUGGAAAAGAUGCUUCUGUAAUGAAAAAGACAACAGACAAGGAAGAUUCAUCGCUUGAAGCAAAGCAUUUUGAUGGCAAGAGCAGCGAGGCUGAUGGCUCAGCGGGAGUUUUGUCAUCUGUGCAGUUAUUAGCGAAAAUAAAAGCAAGAAAUCCUGUGACGUCGGCGUCACUGACUAAUGACAGCAAUUUAGUUAAUUCCCAGGAAGUACAUGAUGAUGACCUAGCAUUGUUAGAAGAUGUCAGAACAUUUAUUGCCUUUCAAUGUGCUGUUGAUGGACAAGGAACUACAGAAGAAAUAUUACAAAGGUUCAAGAAUAGACUUCCUCCUGAGAAUUCUGCCAAAUUCAAAGCCAUGCUGAGACAAAUUUGUGACUUUACCAGAUCAAAUGGCAUUGGGGUUUGGUCACUAAAGCCUGAAAUGCGAUAGAAGAUGAGCUCUUUUUCUGAAUUCUGACUUCUAUGGCUAGUUUAAGUUGACAAAUUAAAGUUCCUUAGAUUCAGUUUAGAUAUUGUCUGGUCAAAGGUUUUGGCCCUGCAGCUGAAGAGAAAUGAAAGUUUUUUAGACUGAUGUACGCAAGAAUAAAAUGUGAAUUAACAACUCUGACACUCAGGGUAUUUAUUUAUAUAUAUUUUUUGUACAUUAGCAUGGUUUGUUCUUUUUUCUUUUUUUUUACCUGAAAAUUCUGAUUUUUGUAUAAUAGAUGGGAUGUAGUUAGUAAGUGAUGGGAUGUAGUUCAUAAGGUUUGUUCUCGAUGUUUGAUAAGGUUUUACAGUUAUUGGCUUUUCUUUGGGUAAGAUGUGGUACGUCCAGAAAAUGGAAAGAAUUGAAUUAGCCCAUA